AUGCCGGACCAAGGAAACGAGAUACUGUAUCGGGAUGAAACUGGAAAUCUCCUGAUCUAUCACGUCAUAUCGAGGAAGCCGAGGAAGAUCCUGGAGUACUCGAGUAACAACACGCUGGUAUCGAGCUUCGAUCAUCAGCUCUCGGCCGACCGGAAAUACCUCCUGCUGGCCAUCGACUACCAGAAGCUCUAUCGACACACGUACCUGGCCCACUACAAGAUCGUGAACCUGCAGACCUUGUCAGAGACCUCGCUGACCGCGAACGGCUCGAUCUCCUUGCAACUGGCGACGUGGGCACCACGCGGCAAUGGGCUGGUCUACGUGUACCAGAACAACAUCUAUUACAGACCGGAAGCGGAAGUGGCUGUCGACUAUCAAAUCACGGACACGGGGGUGUUCGGGAUCAUUUAUAACGGAGUGCCGGACUGGGUGUACGAAGAGGAGGUGUUCGGGUCUAACAAGGCUUUAUGGUUCUCUCCGAGCGGCAAUAAACUGGCCUUCGGUUACUUCGACGACUCCCAUACACCGAUCAUAACGAUACCGUUUUAUGGUUACCCGGGCAACCGGAUGUUCCAGUACACGUCCACGAUCUCGAUCCAUUACCCCAAGAGUGGCACGACGAAUCCCACGGUGAAGCUGUUCUACGUCGACUUAGAAGAGGUGGUCCAGGGUAGCGUGAGCUUAACUGAAAUCGAACAUCCGACCGAGUUAUCCUCCGAGAUGCGGAUUUUAUCUGCCGUUGCUUUUCCUACGGACACUCUCGUGUACGCGACCUGGAUGAACAGGGUGCAGAACAGGGCGUACUUCCAUUUCUGUUACGUCCACGAUCCUUUGCCGAAAUGCACCACCGCGCUGAAGCACUUCGAGAACCACGGAUGGGUCGAGCAGUUCGAGCCGCCGAUGUUCAGCGACGACGGAGACUCGUUCCUCACGAUUCUGCCGGAAAAGCAGCACGACGAUAGCUACUGGAGGCAUGCAGUCGCAAUUACGAACGUUUCCUCCGACAAACCGAGGAGAAUUGCCCUCACUUCCGGCCGGUUCGUCGUCACGGAGCUCGUUUCUUGGGACCAGAAGAACUCGUACCUCUACUACCUCGCCACGACGAAAGAGGAGUCCGCGGUGCAGCAUUUGUACAGGAUAUCCACAAGGACUACCGACGACAGGAAGCCGAGGUGCUUAAGCUGCGGCAUCGUGCGGGAAACGGACAGGAACCGGUGUCUCUACAACACCGCCAAGUUUUCCACCGAUCAUUCGAAUUACGUGCUCACUUGUGCCGGCCCUGGAGUGCCCGACAUCGCCAUUUACAACCGGGAUUCCGUGAAGCUGCUGGCAUGGGAGAACAACGACGCGGUCUCGGAGAUAAUCGCGGAGAAAUCGCAACCGGUGGUGCACCGCUACAAGGUGGAUGUUUCCGGCGGAUUCAAGGCCCGUGUCAGACUACUGAUUCCACCGAAUGCCGACUUGUCGGGCGUCACCAAGUAUCCUAUGCUGAUUUUCGUAUACGGCGGUCCAGAUUCCUAUCAGGUCACGGAGAAGUUCAAUGUCGAUUGGGGCACGUACCUUGUAACGAACAAGAGCAUCAUCUACGCGACGAUCGACGGCCGUGGUUCCGGCUUAAUGGACAAUAGCAUGCUCUUCGCCGGAUAUCGAAACUUGGGAACGGUGGAGAUCGCCGAUCAGAUCAACGUUACCAGGUACUUACAAGACUCGCUUCCGUUCAUCGACCGUAGCAGGACGGCGAUAUGGGGCUGGAGUUAUGGUGGAUACGCGACGGGCAUGACGCUCGCCAUGGAUUAUCAGGGUGUCUUCAAGUGCGGCAUGUCCGUGGCACCUGUAACAGAUUGGGCUCUUUACGAUUCGAUAUACACGGAGAGGUUCAUGGGCCUGCCCACGGACAACGUGCACGGCUACGAGCGAAGUCAGCUGCUGAACAAGGUGGAUAACAUUAAAACGAAGAUGUACUACCUGAUUCACGGGACUUUGGACGAUAACGUGCACUAUCAGCAGUCCUUGCUGCUCGCCAAGGUCCUCGAGCAGAAGGACAUCCUGUUCCGGCAACAGACUUACACGGACGAAGACCACGGGAUCGCGCAGUCGCGAGCUCAUCUUUAUCACUCUUUGGAGAACUUCUUGGACGAGUGUUACGAGGCCUCAUGAUCGCAGCGUCAAGGAAGAACGACAAUCUAGAUCCUUUGCCUGACAUUCCACUGCCUUCACCUGCCUCACAUUCCACUUGUAAAUACCUUGCCACUUGUACAUACUCGAUGUACAAUAUGUAAUAUGAAGCGAUAGUGUACAUAAUUCAAAAAGGAAAUCAUUAAAUACAUUCGAUUCAAACGAGUAUUCCGGUCUAAGUGACCCCUCCUUUAUUACUUUCGUUGCGCGGUCGGUAAUGAAGAAAUUCUACGUAUAUUCGAUAUCGAAGGUUAGUAAAUGGUUGAUUAAAAGCGGAGGAAUACAUUUGUAUUUGCAAAUCGUUCGAGUCGAGUGUAACUCUUGAUUGUUAAUCUAGAAUUGGUCUGAAGAAUUUUUUUAAUCUAUUUUUUUGGAGAGACUAUCCCGAUCGAUCGUUCUAAGGAAGGCCUAACGAACUCGAGACAAAUUUCGAAACCCUUAUGAAUGAAUAAAUUAACGUGUAAUUAAGUAACGCUGCAUCUUGUGAAAUAUCCUGCAGGAUAGUAAGUUCGAAUGAAGUGAAAUGGAUGCAGUGCGUCACAUAAUCGCCGAUGACUCAAUAGUUUCGAGAAUACGACGAAUGUUUUUUGUGAAAUAUAUUGUUAACGGACAGAUGUUAUUAAAUACUAUAGCGAUGAGAAUUCGUAUGUUUAAUUACGAAUUUGUAUGACAUGUUCCUCUUUCGUUUCAAGCAUUAUAUACGAGGCAAGUAAGAAUCGGGUGCGAAAAUAAAUAAGCGAACUCUUUAUGGAGCGUUUAUAGAA